CAAGCAACCAAAUAAUGAAUGAUAUGCUAGAAAGAGGAGAGGUAGGAUGGCAAGAAGGAAUGAAUGGAAGGAAUUAGUGAUACCAUGCAUAGCCAUGGUUGCUGUAGAGUGCUCCAAUGUAACUGGCGGCAUUCUAUUCAAAGCUGCUUCUUUUAAAGGGAUGAGCUACUUCGUCUUCACCGCUUACUCUUAUCUUUUAAGCACCCUUGUCUUCCUCUUCAUAGCAGCCCUCUUUAAAAGAAAAACACUGUUCCCUCCAUUGAAGUUCCCUCUUUUUUCCAGAAUUUUCCUUCUUGGACUGCUUGGGUUUUCAGGCCAAUUAUGUUUAUUCAAAGGCAUACAACUUAGUUCCCCAACUCUUGCUUCAGCCCUUGGCAAUCUCACACCAGCUUUGACCUUCAUGCUUGCUGUCUUCUUCAGGAUUGAAAAAGUAGCAAUUAGAAGUUCAAGCUGUCAAGCUAAAAUCAUUGGCACCUUUACCUCAAUAUUUGGUGCAUUAGUGAUUACUUUUUACAAAGGACCCAAACUUUUUUCAUUGUCAUCAUCUGUUUCACUUCAAAGGCCGCUAGUGUUUAUGUCAUAUGAGUCAAAUUGGAUCAUUGGUGGCCUCCUGGAAGCUAUUGCAUACCUUAUUCUUUCACUUGCGUAUAUUAUCCAGUCCCAAGUAAUGAAGAUUUACCCAGAAGAGAUUACUGUAAGUUUAUUUUCUGGCUUGUUUGGGACCAUUAUAUCCCUACCAAUAUGCAUACUUGCUGAACCAAACUUGAGUUCCUGGAAAUUAAGUUCUAAUGUAGCUGUUGUUGCUGUCUUAUACACGGGACUUUUCGGGUUAUGUUUUGCAUUAGGUGUACACGUAUGGGGCAUACGCUUGAUGGGGCCUGUAUUUGUUGCAAGUUCCAAGCCAACUUCAGUUGUCAUUGCUGUUGUUAUGAGUGCUAUUUUCCUUGGCGAAGCAGUAUUUCUUGGAAGUGUGUUCGGAACUCUAAUUUUAUCUACGGGAUUGUAUUCCGUGUUAUGGGGAAAAGCAAGAGAAGAAGAAGAAGAACUAAUAGAUGACUCAAACACCAUUAAUGGAAGAGUCCCUUUGCUACAAAGCCAACAAAGUUGAACAAUGUAGCUGUUUUACCAUGCUAGGGCAACGAGUUUGCUUUAGGCUCCAAUUUCGUGCUUCAAUGGAGACUGAAUCUUCUUGAAUACCGAUGAUUCUGUAAGACCUAAGGAUGACUCUGCUUCAAUAGGAGGAAUUAUGUAAGACCAAGUUAAAAAAUGGAUCAUUGAUUUUAAAAGAUUCUUGAGGUUACUCAGUGAUUGAGCCUGAAUUGUUGAGCAUCUCAAAUAGUUUAGACAUCUUGAUUGACCGAGGUUACGAUAAUAUGCUGGUUCAAACGAACAGUUUUGAAAUGGCCACUAUCACAAAGAAGGGAUUCACAGGAAGAUCUAACUCAGCUUUAGGUAGAAUUGAAUAUUUUAGCAAUUUUCUCAAUUUCAACAUUGGAGUAUCUGCCAUAUCCCUCGAGAAGACAACUAGAAAAUUGAUACACUGGUUAAAUUGGCUCAUUUGGGUAAUCAAAGAUUGCAAGUUUUUGAAAUAUCCCCAUUUGAGGGAAUGAGUUAUGUGAUGUAGUUUAUCUUUUUAAUUUAUUCUUUGUAACCAAAAAAAAAAUUAGAUUUACAAGAUCAAUUAAAAAUAUACAACUAUAUACAUUAUAAAAGAA